AUGAAAAUAUUAUUAAUCAAACGUGAGUUGCUGAAGCCCAUCUUGAGCAGCAAACCACUUAGUGGAUCAUUCCUUCAAGCCGGGAGGACAUUUACUUCUCUCAAUCUUUCCGAGUAUGAAGCCAUUAAUCAGGGUGAAAAGGAGGUGCCAAAGUACUUUAAUUUUGCAAACGACGUGCUGGAUAAAUGGUCCAAAAUUGAAAAGGAUGGAGGGAGACCAUUUCACCCAGCUCUCUGGUGGAUAGAUGGCAAAGGAGGAGAAGUGAAAUGGAAUUUUGAAAAAUUGGGCUUCGUCUCCAGGAAGGCAGCCAACGUACUCAUGGGCCCUUGUGGCCUGCAGAGAGGAGACCGGGUGAUUCUCAUUCUGCCUCGGGUCCCCGAGUGGUGGAUGUUGAUUGUGGCAUGCAUUAGGGCAGGGAUCAUUUCCAUCCCAGGGACCCCACAGCUGACAGCCAGAGAUAUCCAGUACAGGCUCCAAGUUUCCAAAGCCAAGGGCAUCAUCACAAAUGAUUUGUUGGCCCCUGUGGUGGAGACCAUCUCAUCAUCAUGUCCCUUUCUGCAAACCAAGCUGUUGAUCUCUGAAGGCAGGCGAGAGGGAUGGCAAAACUUCAAGGAGCUAUUUGGGGCAGCUUCUUCCAGCCACAACUGUGUUCAAACCCAGAGUGAUGAACCAAUGACUAUAUUCUUCACAAGUGGAACCACAGGUUCUCCAAAGAUGGUUGAGCACUCUCAAACCAGCUUAGCCCUGGGCCUGGCAUUAUCGGGAAGGUACUGGUUGGACCUGAAACCUUCAGAUGUCAUAUGGAACAUGUCUGAUACUGGCUGGGUGAAGGCGUCUCUGGGGAGUGUCUUUGCUCCUUGGCUUCGAGGCACCAGUGUCUUCAUACACAGCAUGCCACAGUUUGAUCCAAAGGAGGUUCUAAAUACACUUUCCAGGUACCCAGUGACUACACUGUGUAGUGCCCCAACAGCCUACCGCAUGCUGGUGCAGCAGGAUCUUACCAGCUACACAUUCAAGAAACUGUCCCACUGCUUGACUGGAGGGGAGCCGUUGAACCCAGAAGUGAUGUCCCAUUGGAAAAAACAGACGGGAUUGCAAAUCUACGAAGGCUACGGGCAAACUGAAGUCGGAAUAAUAACGAUAAACGAGAAAGGGAAGUCAAUUAAACCAGGCUCCAUGGGGACAGCAGCUCCACCUUACGAUGUUCAGAUUAUAGAUGAAGAUGGUAAGAUUUUGCCCUGUGGAGAGGAAGGAGACAUUACUAUUAGGAUACAAUCCAAACGCCCCUUUAGCUUCUUCUCUCGCUAUGUGGACCAGCCAGAAAAAACCCAAGCAACUGUCCGGGGAAACUUCUACAUCACUGGUGACCGCGGCCGGAUGGACGAAGACGGGUAUUUGUGGUUUAUUGGAAGGUCUGAUGACGUCAUCAUCUCCUCUGGAUAUCGUAUUGGGCCUUUUGAAAUAGAAAGUGCUUUGAUUGAACAUCCAGCAGUGGUCGAAUCAGCUGUUGUCAGCAGCCCGGAUACGGUCAGAGGGGAGGUGGUAAAAGCAUUUGUGGUUUUGUCCCCCGACUUCAUCUCAUACGACCCAGAGAAAUUAACACGGGAGCUGCAAGACCACGUCAAGAAAGUGACAGCACCGUACAAGUACCCACGAAAGGUGGAAUUUGUACGAGAGCUGCCCAAAACCAUCAGUGGCAAAAUCAGAAGGAACCAACUGCGAAAACAGGAGUGGGGUCAAGUUUAGUUCUGCGUCGACCUCUCGAUCUCGCCGCCAUUCGGAGCGAGGUCAGCCGGCAGAUCUCUGCAGAGAUGAAAUUAGAUUUGAAAAGCUGAAA